ACAAUAUUUGCUGUCCUGAAGCAGAAUCUAUUUUAAGAGUGACUUGGUCAGUGAGUGGGUUGUUGUGGCCAAGUUUUUGUAGUGUUCUGUUCAAUCAACCGGCUUUAGUAAGGCCUACUACUGUGACUCCAGCUUUUAUGAGAUAUAAAAGUUGGGAAAAAAAUCUAAAGAAGAAUGUUUGAAACAAUUAUUUUAUUUUGCGUCUUCGUCGUCCUUAUCUACCUAUGGAAAUACAAAAGACCUGAAAACUUUCCUCCAGGCCCCACCCCACUGCCUAUUAUUGGCAAUUUAUUGGAAUUGCCAAAAGGACACCUUUAUCCGAAGGUGGAGGAGUGGUCGAAGAUUUAUGGCCAAAUUAUAGGUUGCCGUAUUUUCAGUGACCUAGCAGUUUUUGUGACAGGAGUUGAUAACGUGCUUGCAGCUCUGCGAAAAGAAGAGUUUCAAAGUAGGCCUGAAAGCUUUUCAAUUAAAGCAAGAAGUUAUGGAAAAGCAUUAGGUAUAUUUUUGAGCACUGGAGAACAAUGGAAUUCAAGCCGCAAAUUUACCGUGAAACAAAUGCGAGCUUUUGGGAAAAUGGAAAAAGAAAAUUUAAUAGUUGAAGAAAUUAAUCAACUUAUGGAAACUAUCAAAGAUGGAACCAUGCAGGGCAAUGGACUGUUUGGUCUAGCUGCUGUAAAUGUCAUCUGGAUGAUAAUUGCAAGUAAAAGGAUUGACUUCAACGAUGAGAGAUCGCGCAACUUCUUGAACAACUUAAAUAAAGCUUUCCGUCUUGGCAGUCCCGGAGGAGGGGAUAUAGUGGACAUAUUUCCAAUUUUUAGAUUCAUCAGUUCUAAAUUUAAAUUUACAAUGAAGGUGAUCAACGAAACUCAUGAUUUCAUCAGGGAAACGAUACAGGAGCACAGGGAAGUUUUGGAUCCCAACAAUCCACGGGAUCUGAUAGACAGUUAUCUUAUUGAGAUGGAUUGCAACAAAGGAAACCCUGGCUCACAUUUCACAGAGGAGGAUCUAAUUGUGGUUGGAACUGAUUUGUUCUCUGCGGGAGCAGAAUCUACGAGCAAUUCCAUAGAGUUUGUGUUGCUGUACAUGAUCUUGUAUCCUGAGGUCCAGGAGAAGAUGCAAGAGGAAAUAGACAGAGUUCUGGGGAGGGGAAGGAAGCCUCUGUUGGAUGAUAAAACCAACUUGCACUAUACAAUGGCAGUUCUGAGCGAAGUGGAGAGAAUCAACAGUGUUGUGCCCACCAAUGUCCCUCACUACUGUGUCAAGGAUACCACAUUCGGGGGCUACUUUAUUCCUAAGGGUACUUUGAUAUCCAUGAACUUGCGCUCUCUUGGAUAUGAUACUAAAUACUGGAAGAAUCCUGAGGAGUUCCACCCGGAGAGAUUCCUGAACUCGGAAGGACAAUACACAAAACCUUCCAAUAUGCCUACAUUUGGCCUCGGUCAGAGAACAUGUGUGGGCGAGAUGAUGGCCAGAAACACUAUCUUCCUCUUCACCACAACUUUCUUCGAGAAGUUUUCCAUCAGCUUACCAGCUGGGGAACCGAAACCUUCUACUGUGGCACUACCAGGGUUCACCACCGCUCCACAGCCUUUCAAGAUCGAUGUUAAAAGCAGAUAUUGAUUUAAAAUUAAAAGGAUUGCUCAUUAUUUGUAACACGUGAAAUAAUAUUUACAACUGAUGUGUGUACGUGACAUGUCACUUGUGUAAGUUACACUAAAGCAAUAAACAAAAGAAAUGCAA